GUCCGUCCGGCCUAAGGCCUGGCCCGAAAUUUCGUUUGAAAGUCCGAUCCGAAUCAGCCCGACGGUUUUUCAGACCCGUCCGGUCCGAAUCCGCUCUAAGCUAGACCAUAACUUCUUCUUAAUAGUACUGCGAUGCAAUUAACGUUUUUACAAAUUUUAAGGUUGGAGUCGUGACAAACGAAGUAAUGAAUAGCGAUGAAGAUGUCGAGAUCAUUGUUGAUGAUGGAGUGGAACAAUCAACGAUUUCACAUUUUGCCUGUUCACAAACUGAUGUAGACGAAGACGACAGCGAAGAAAAUGACAUCAAACAUCACCACGGAUGCGACAUCCGAAAACUGUAUGUUCCGACAUCAGAUGGGAAAGCCAAAAGAUUGUGUUGCGCGUUUUGCCUGAAACGUUACCCAAAAUUGGAACGACACCUACGAACGGUCCAUAAAGAUGAAGUUGCAGUCAAAAAAUUUGUGGCGCUACCCCUUCGUUCAAAAAGCCGAUGGUACGCUAUAGCCCAAAUUCGGAAGAAGGGAGAAUUCAUAUGGAACUCUGACUUUAAUCUGAACAAAGGAGAAAUACAAACCAGUCGACGUGGACAAUUUGUUCGUUAUUCGUGGCAACUUAUCGCCUGUGCUAAUUGCAUGGGAACGUAUUCUUCAAAAUCACUUCGUCAGCAUUGGCGUAAAUGCAAGGGAAAUUCUAUUAUGGGCGAACGAAUCGUAAAGCAAUUAGGACGCUCGUUGGAGGCUAGAGUUCAUCCUGAUGCUACUGACGAGUUAAUAAACGUUUUUGCCAAAUUCAGAGACACCGAACAAAUUCGAUCGAUACAGUUUGACUGGCUGGUAAUCUGUUAUGGCAACGAAUUAUGUUUGAAUUAUUCGCCCUUCUACCAAGAAGGCUAUAUUCGAUCGAAGAUUAAUGCGGCAUCAAAAUUGUUGCAUUUCUCAAAAGAAAUGUAUCCACAGAUUGGUGACCUUGCUUCGCUUUUCCACGUCAAACAUUGCAACACGGUAAUAAAUGCAAUUCUUAAAAUGGGAAAAUUUGAUCGUCGGUCAAAAUUAUUCGGAAGCCCUGGUACGUCAUUGACCACUGUGACACUAAUCAACACCAUCGGAGAAUUAUUAAUUACUGAGAGCAUGAAGUUGGACGACGAGGAAAUGGAAAGAAAUGCUGAGAGAUUUUUGAGGGUGUUUAAGCGAGACGUCCGCACGAAAGUCAGCAAGUUGGUAGCUAAAACAAUCAAAAAGAACCGACGUUCUAAAAAGCCGAAUCUUCCGACAACCGCUGACAUAAAUAAACUCGUCACAUUUCUGAACAUUGAACGAAAUGAAUGCUUACAUCAACUGACUCAAGGUUUCUCGUUCCAAACGUGGUUAAAAUUGGCACAACUCACACUUGUGUCAAUCAUGGUCUUCAACAGACGAAGAGCGGGGGAAAUGAGGAACAUUGAGUUGUCUGACUACAAUGAGCGAGAGAUUAUUGCUGAUCAAUGCGAUGUUAUUUUGGAAGCAAUAUCACAGGAAUCCCUGAUGGAAAUCAAAAGUCGGAUGCAAAUCCGCGGCAAACUCGAUCGAACUGUGCCAGUGUUGUUAAAACAAAGCUGGGAAGAUUGUAUAGAUGCAUUGAUUCGUAAUCGAGAAAAUGCUGGUCUUACAGAAACAAACGACUUCUUGUUCGCUGUACCAACGCAAUCGAUGCAGGUGAAAACAAUCAAUGUCUGGGCUGCAAUCAACUCAUACGCAAAGGCAUGUGGUGCCGAUAACCCAUCAAGUUUGAAGGGAACAAAUCUCAGAAAACAUUUGGCGAGCCUUUGUGCAACGAAAGACCUAAAAGACAGAGAUAUUACAAAUUUGGCUGAGUUCCUUGGACAUCAUGACAUGGUUCAUCUGAACAUAUACCGGACCAAUCCAUUAGUUUCACAAGUGACACAAAUCGCACCACUCUUGAACAACGCAAUUGGAAAUGACACUUGUCUGCCAGGCUCGAAGCGGAACGGUACAUCCCUGAAAAUUUCAAGAUUGAAACAAAAGAUACAAGCUCCUCGUAAAACCAGAAAGACUGCGAACAAUCCAAACCGACUGAAGAAGCAGGCAGUUCUGAAAAAAAGUGGUGUUUCGAAAAAAUCUGCAGCUCCGCCAAAACUGAGCUCCCACGAAGACUGCAGCUCCGCAAAGAACUCUAGCUCAGACGAAGACUCCAGCUCAGACGAAGACUCCAGCUCAGACGAAGACUCCAGCUCCGACGAGAACUGCAGCACCGACGAAGACUGCAGCUCCGACGUAUGUGCAACUCCAACGAAAGCUGCUGCUCCAAACAAAACUGCAGCUCCAACGAAAUCUGCAGCUUUGAAGAAAACUGCAGCUCCAAUGAACACUGUUGCUACAACGAAAACUGCAGCUCCAAUGAAAACUGUAGUUUCAACGAAUGCUGCAGUUAUGUCGAAAACUGCCGCUCUAAGGAAAACUGCAAGCAAACGACAGGAAACUGCAACUCUAAACGUCGCCAAAAAAGCAAAGCUUCAGAAAAACUGAAUUACUCGGUGGCUGGAAUUUUAAGCGACUCGUUGUAAUAUUUUUAAUUCAUCACAAUGAACACGUCCAGUCAGUCAGUCGCUAUGUUUUAUGAAUUCAUGUCAGUAUUUCUUUUCGAUUUAUUAGCCACUCUAAUUGAUGGUUAAUAUCGCGCUUAAGAUUGUUUUACAAUUAAUUUUUGUUUGAUUUUUAAACCAAUCUCGCGGUUAAUGAUUUUAUGUUUAACGCACGUUCGUGCCUUAUUUUAAUGUAUGGUUGCUUUUAAUGGAUAUUAAAAAACUGUGUGC